AUGGAGGUGCUGGUCCUAGCCGGUUAUCGCGCGGAGAAGGAGGAAGAGCUGAGCCUGGCGCCUGGUGACGUGAUCCGGCAGGUGUGCAAGGGGCCCGCACGGGGCUGGAUGCGUGGAGAGCUGGGAGGCCGCUGUGGCCUCUUCCCGGAGUCCCUGGUGCAGGAGAUCCCGGAGACUCUCCGCUGCUCGGGGGAGGCGCCGAGACCGCGCUGUGCGCGCCGCCAAGGUUGCUCAGUCAAAUUUCUGGGCCCCCGAAAAUGGUGCAAGGCAAACUUCAACUACACUCCGGAGCAGGCGGACGAGCUGCAGUUGCAAGCUGGGGAGAUUGUGGAAGUGAUAAAGGAGAUUGAGGACGGCUGGUGGCUGGGGAAGAAGAACGGGCAGCUGGGAGCCUUCCCAUCCAACUUUGUGGAGUUGCUGGACAGUGGGCCCCCAAGCCUUGGCAAUCCAGACAUCCCUUCAGUCAUCCUUGGUCCCCAGUGGCCUCCCAAGCUGAGCAGCCUGACCUAUGACAGCCCUCCAGACUACCUGCAGACAGUCUCCUACCCCGAGACCUACAGGGUCCUGUUUGACUACCAUCCUGAGGCCCCAGACGAGUUGGCUCUUCGGAGGGGUGAUGAGGUGAAAGUACUGAGGAAGGUCACAGAGGAUAAGGGCUGGUGGGAAGGAGAGUCUCAAGGCAGAAGAGGACUUUUCCCGGAUAACUUUGUGCUCCCACCUCCCCCAAUCAAGAAGCUGGUCCCACGGAAAGUGGUAUCUCAGGAAUCAGCUCCCAUUAAGGAAUCCAAAAAGAUGAUGCCCAAAACAGUCCUCCCUACAGUCAAGAAGCUGGUGACAGCUCCCACUGAGCCCAGCAAAACCAAGCCAUCUUGGACACCCAGCGGAGACGGUCAGAAGCGCCCCUCCCGAAACUCCAGCUCCAACAGCAGUUUCCAGCCUGGCAGAAAGCGAUCCAAGACGCAGGCUUCCCAGCAACGCCCUGCAGCCAGUCAGGAUGAAAAGCAGAGCCGCCUUACAAAGGGCCCUCGUGUGAAUAAAACCCCAGUUCUGAACAAGACCACCAGCCCAGAGAAGACACCAACUCUGGAUAGGGCCCCCAGACCAGAGAAGACCCCACCUCCAGAUAAGACCCCUAGUCCAGAGAAGACUCUGUCUCCAGAUAAGUCCCCUAACCCAGAGAAGAUCCCACCUUCAGAGAAGACCCCCACUCCAGAGGAAACCCUAACUCCAGAGAAGAUCCCUACCCUAGAGGAGACCCCAACCCUGGAGGACAAGGCCCCCAGUCCAGACAGGGUCCUUUCUGUGCAUGAGGCCCGGGUCCCAGAAGUCCUACUUAAAGAUGAGGCCGCUGGUCCAAAGAUGGCCGCUCCGGGGGAUGAGGCCCCCACCCUAGGAAAGGUCUUGACCCCGGAGCCUGUGCUCUCUGAAGAAGCCUCCGCCGGAGACAACACUCAGCUCCAUCACUUCUCUCCGGAGGAAGACGCCCCGCCAAACGCCAGGUCUCUUGAGGCCAGUGAGGCUCAAUCCCAAGAGGAGGUGCAGACGCCAGAGGAGCCCCCCCUCGGCCUGGUGAAACAGCCCCUGGAGAGGAGGGUCAGCUCCCUUCUCCAGUCCGAGUCCAACCCCAAGUCAGGGUCCGCGCCUGGCCUUGAGAAGGCCCACCCUCAGGAAGAGGCGACAACCCUCCUGGAGGAGGCACUAGCGAAGGCUGAGACUACCCCCAAAGAGGAGGAGUCUCCCAAAGAAGGGGUGCCCUCCAAAAAGGUAACCCCUGCUCAGAAAAAUGCAGAGCCCCAAACGCCCCCAAUCCUGCACUCCUCGACCCCGCCAAAUCUCACAGACCGCAGAAGUGACGGAGAUGACAUGUUGGGGAUAAAGGACCAGGUGGAGGCUUUAAGGAGGUCCCUGGAGCAGAUGGGGGUGCAGCUGGAAAAGAAGCUGACUGACAUCUGGGAGGAGGUGAAGAACGAGAGGGAGAAGCGCCUACUGCUGGAGGUUCAGAUGAAGCAGAGGGACCGGGGCUCCGUCCACGCGCAGACGCAGACGCACUAAGGGUGGGCCCGGGAGGGACUGCGGCGGGACCUGGAGCGAAGCCAGGCUCCGGCCACCCACG